AUGUCGCAGAAAACACGGAAGUCCACUACAACAACAACUCGUACGUUUAGCACGGGAAGCAGUGUUCUGCCAGAAGAAUCUUUUGAAGCUUCGUGAGUUUUUGCCUCUUUCGGUUUUGUUGUUUUAGGUUCAAGGAGAAUUUUUGUGCGACGAUCGCGAACGAAAGAAUUAUAAUUUUGCUGUUUUCAGCGACAGUUUUGGCUCCAAUUCCUCCAGAUUGACGCGCACUCGUGUUGAAGAGAAGCAGAAACUCUCCAAUUUGAACGACCGUCUAGCUGGUUAUAUUGAGGUAUGUUUUUUGUUCAUUUUGUUGGUUUUUAGGAACGUCUUGGGAUUGAAAUUGGGGCUGAGGAUAAUAAUCUGUCAUUGCAGAAAGUCCGUUCGCUGGAACAAGAGAAUGCUACACUUCACGCCACCAUCCGUGAAGUCGAAGUGACCGAACGCAAAGAGCGCGAGGACGGCAAUUCGGAGUGGAAAGCCAAGGUUGAUGAGCUGCGAUCCUCGCUGGAACAUUCCAAUCGUGAGCGUGCGAAGUAAGUAAUAUGUUUUUAGCUGUUUUAUCACUUUUAGAAAUUUCGAAAAUAUAUUAUUCUUUUUCAGAGCGGAAAUUCAAGCCAAGAAAGCCCUGAAUGAAGCCGAUCAGCUCCGUGACAAGUUUACCAAAGCAGAACGUGAAUUGAACAUCGCCGUUGCCGACCGCGAUCGUAUCGCCGAUCAAGUGAACGAUCUGAAGGCCGAAAACAAACGUAUCGAAGGACUGAAGAACAAGUACGCUCGAGAGUUAGAGGAUGCCAAGCAAGAUAUUGACCGUGCUACCAACACAAUCUCAGCCCUUCAACAGCAAAUCGAAGAGGAGUUUUUGUUGAGAACCAGACUCCAGGACACGAACACCUCGCUGAAGGAGGAUAUUGAGACAAUGAAGAGAAUGCACGACACGGUAAGGGAUCUAAUUUGUUGAUGAUUUUUUAUGUUUAGGAGCUGGAUGAGGUCUAUAAGCGCCGCGAAGUCGAGAUGACCACCGUCCAACGUCAAUACGAGCACAAAAUGAACGACGCCGUGAAGCUGCGCGUCAAGGAAUUGAGGGCCGAAUUUGAUCAACGCCUCCGCGAAUCCCGUCAAGAACUGGAAGGCAAAUGGCGUCAUCGUGUGGAAGAAGCGUUGAGCGCCAGCGACAACAAAGAAGCUCAUGUCCUCGAACUCCGCGAAGAGAAUGUGCAGCUGAGAAAGUUCAAAAAGGAGUUCGAAGAUGAGAAUGCGAAGCUCAGAAGACAUCAAGAAGAGCUCCAAGCCAGACUGAAAGACCUCGAAGGACAAGUGAGAGUACUUCAUGACAAGGUACGCGCCAAGGACGAACAGAUCGACAAGCUCCAAGCCGAGAUUGAUCAGCUGAACAGAGAGUAUCAGGACCUGUUGGAUGUGAAGGUCCAGUUGGAUAAUGAGUUGGCAACUUAUCACCAACUGCUGCAGACGGAGGAAACUCGGUGAGGAGGGGGAUAGGAGUUUGGGGAGGGAUUGGGGGAGUUUUUGUGGGUUAGUUGGACUUUUGGGAUAUUACGGAUAUUACUUUAGGUACCUGAAGUCUGAGUUUUGGAUCUGGAUGAAUGAAAUUUGGUUGAAAUUAAGAAUAUGAUUAUCUAAAGUGUAUAGGAGGCUUUUAGCUUGAGAUUCGCAGAAAAUAUGAUUGAUUUAGAGUAGAAAUAAUUGAUUUUUUCGAUUUUGGAAUUGAAAAUAGGGAUGUGUUGAUUUGAUCAGGUUUUUUUUAAAUAUUUUUUGUUAGUUUUUCGAACGGGUUUUGUGUUUUUUAGUGUGUUUGGGGAUUUCCCGACAGGUGCGUUCGGAAUUUUUGAAAAUAUUUUUUUGGUUUCCCCACUAAUUUCCCCUCUUUUUAGCCUGAAAAUCCGCACUGAGGAAUCGGAUGUGGUCCCGGAAGAGGAAGACGACGAAAAUGACUUGCACGUCAGCUUCAAUGAAUCCAAUCUGCAACGUCUCCAACAAAUCAACGAGUCCCGCAAGCAGGCGUCGGUGUCGCCGCGUCGCGGAGUCAAGAGACGUCGCCUCGAGGAGGAGAGUUACUUCGAAGGCAGCGGCCGCUUCGAUCAGACCGCCGACGUCUACAGAACCCACCAAGAGGCCAAAGGAGAUGUGAUUGUAAGCGCGGUGGACCCGGAGGGACGGUUCGUGAAGAUUGAGAACAAGGGGGAUGUGGAUGUCCCACUGGGAGGAUGGAUUAUCGCCGCCCAAGACAAUGUCCAGGAAGUCAGAUUCAAGUUCCAUUCGAGACAACACAUCAAGGCUGGAACCAUCACAACUGUAAGUGAAGGUUGGAAAUAGUGAAAUAGAGUUUUGGAGGAAAAUUUGGGGUGGGUGGGGAUGGAAGCGAUAAAUUUUGGAGGGUAUGGUAAGAGGGGACUUUUUUUUCGAAUUUGAAAUUUUGAGAAAAAAAUGUAUUACUGAGAGCCGAAAAUUAUAGUGGGAAUUUUUAUAUGGAGGGCUGAGAAGUUAGGGAAGGCCAGAAACUUUGGGUGUGGUAAGGGGGGAUCUUUUAAAAAAAUUUUUUUUCUUUGAAAAAAUGCUUAGGGCCGAAUUUUUUUGGACGUUGACUGAAAAUUAGAGAAGAUGUUUUUGAUUUUGAUUUGAAAGUUUUUAGUUGCAAUCGAAGCAUCAAGUUUGUUGUACUUCGGCUUUUUCAAAAAUUAAAAAGUUUUUUUUUUUUGAUUUUUUGAGAAUUUUAAGCCACUUUUUAUUGGAUUUUCUUCCUGUUUAGCACAUUUUGAGUCCAAAUUUUGCUUUUCUGGAUAUUACUUUAGACCGAUUUUUAUAUAUUUUUUUUCAGUUUUUAGGUUGGAUUUUUUUAUUUUGAAUACAGUUUUUGACUAGAAUUAAACUUAUUUCUGCAGGUUUGGUCUGCGAAUGUGCCCGAUCGUGAGAACGACCCGGCCGGCAACAACCUGACCUUGAAGAACCAGCAAUGGCCCAAGGGCGACGAACGCCGCAUCCAGCUGCUGAACACGGAAAACGAAGAACAGGCCGUGUUCGAGAAGUACCGCUCCACCCGCAGCAUCAACGAAGGCAACGGCGACGACCGCUGCUCCAUUAUGUAG